AUGGAUGCAGCCUUUGAAGACACCCAGAGGGCCGAGAAGAAGCCCAGCUUCCCGCGUUUGUUGAAGAAGAGCUCCUACAUCUGGGGCCGCAACACCAAUGUCAGGUGUGUCCCUUUGGACUCCUUGGUCAGUGUGGGUGGCAGCUGCUUGGAAUGUGUGCGCCUCUUCGUGGGUGGCAUCUAUGGUGGUGGUGUCAUCGUGCCAGCUGUGGACUAUGGGGAGCCCAAUAAGACUGAUUGGCAGCCCUCGGAGUGUCUGCAGCUACGGGUCUUUGGACAACCACCUGUGGGAGAUGACAUCAAGUAUGCGGAGACAGGUGGUGGCACCGCAGCGGGUCACGAACAGCGGAUGAGCACCUUUUGCCGGGUCGCGAGCUUUCCACACCUGGGCUGA